AUGUCGGCCUCAGCAUCAGUAGAGGUGCCUGAGGCGCCUGCCAGCAGCAGCAGCCAGGCGCCGCAAGACCAGUCCCACCUGCCUCCUGGCAAGCGCAACUAUAGACGAAUUGAGGCUCCCACGGCAGAGCAAAUAGCUUCGGAGGACUUUAUGAACAACUGUGUGGUGCGCACGGUUUUGAGCGCGGUGAUGGGGAGCGGCAUGGGCGUCAUGUUUGGCAUCUUCAUGGGCACCAUGGACACGGGGUCCACCAUUGGCGGCACUGUUGAGUACCAGAAGCAGAUGCUGCGGCAGGCAUUCCGGGAGAUGGCCAAGAACACGAUGAGCAAGAGCAAGUCGUAUGCCAAGGGCUUUGCCGCCAUGGGCGCGCUGUUUGCUGGCACCGAGUGCCUGAUCGAGUCGUACCGGGCUCGGCACGACAGCCGCAACAGCAUCUACGCGGGUUGCGCCACGGGGGCCAUCCUGGCGCACAGCGGCGGGCCCAAGGCGUGCGCUAUAGGAUGUGGGAGAAAAUAUGGCACAAAAGACUAA